AUGUCUCAGAUUCUGGAUGAAAUUGAACAACAUGGUAUCAAGAUUUAUCACCUGCCUGACGCAGAAUCAGAUGAGGAUGAAGAUUUUAAAGAACAGACCAGGCUCCUAAAGGUCAGUAUCCCAUUUUGUGUAGUGGGAUCCAAUCAGUUGAUUGAAGCCAAAGGUAAAAAAGUUAGAGGUCGUUUCUACCCAUGGGGUGUGGUUGAAGUGGAGAACCCAGAACACAACGACUUCCUGAAGCUGAGAACCAUGCUAAUUACCCAUAUGCAGGAUCUUCAAGAGGUGACCCAGGACCUUCACUAUGAGAACUUCCGCUCUGAGAGACUUAAAAGAGGUGGCAGGUUGAAAAUUGAAGAUGAGGAAGUGAAUAAAGAUCAGAUUUUGCAGGAAAAAGAAGCUGAACUUCGUCGCAUGCAAGAGAUGAUUGCGAGAAUGCAGGCUCAGAUGCAAAUGCAGAUGCAAGGUGGUGAGGGAGACAGCAGUGCAGUUCAUGGACACCAUGUAUAAAUUCUUUGAUAACGUCAUAUGCAGAUUAAGAGGAAACAUUCCAGUGUUGGGAUGCAAUAGUGUCUCUUACUGGGAAGGAUGUCUUUUACCUCGCCUGUGACUUGGAAGUCACGUUAGUGUGUUACGUGCAAAUGCAUGGUAAUUUUUGUAAUGUACUUUGUAACAGAUUGUAUUCAGUCAAUAUUUUAUACCUUAUAUAGAGAAUGUGAUCAGUUUUAGUUUAGUAAUUUAGUAUUAUUUUAUUGAGCUCAUUUUCUGUAACCCAGUAUAUUAAGAAUGCAAAAUGGAUGAUACUGAGCCUCUCCUAACCUGACUUAGCAGUAGUCAGUCUAUUUGCAUAGCUCACUACCACCAUUAGUCAUACUACUUGUUACACCUAGGAAUAGGUGAGUGUUGCUAUAGGUUGUCCAGUGGUGUGAUGUUUGACUAAUUAGGGAGUCCAAUGCCAAGUUAAGUUAUUCUUUCUUUUUCCUAUUUCUUGCAUUGUUUAACUGUGUGCCUGUGAGACUCUUGGCCAUUCCUCGAUUCUUGUCCAGUGCUGAAUAGCCAUUGCCUUGGCAUCACAAGUGUCUAAUUACAAAAGAGGUAUGCUUUUUCUUAAUUAGGAACGAGGAGAUAAGAGAAUUCCUUGUUAAAGGGGGCACUUGCUGAAUGACUAAUCUUGUCUACUUCCCCCUCCAAAGCCAAUAGUCAGGUUUAAUAACAUGAUGUGCUACUGCAAAAUUAAUUACCAGUGCUGUUUACAACCCACCAGUGCCAAAGAGAUAAUACAAAUGGCACCAUCACAAAAUGCUGAGAUCUUUCUGGUCUCCUGCACUGCAGUGGCCUUGUUCAUCCUCUUCUACAUUUAUAUCAGAGAUGAGGAAUACAUAAUUUAAUCCUGCAGUUAAAUUCCACAAAUUGUAGCUUUAAUGGUCACUAAAUUACUAAUUUAAAGGAGUCCUGCUACUGAGCAGAUCAGAUUUUGACUUACCUUAAAAUUACUGCAGUUUAUAAAUUGCUUUGUAUUCUGAGUAUCUUUUUAAUAUCCAAAGUCAAACCCACCACAAUAGCCUCUGUGUUGAACUCCUGUGCUGCCUCUAAAGCAGCUAUCAUUUCAUAGAGCUGCUCAUCUUCCUACUCAUCUCUUCUGAUCUUUGUCUACAAUGUAGGAAGCAAAAGCAGCAGCCUUACUUAUGUCUGCUUUGUCAGAAACACAGGUGUAGUGAGUCCUUUCUUGCUAAAUGGAUGAAUACAAAAUUAGUAGGGAAGGAAAUGUAAAUGUAUAAAUUUUGCCUUUUCCAUAGAGAAGAGAUGGUAAUAAGGCAUUUCAGUAUUGCCAGAGAAAAAUGUCAAGCCAUGUUACUUAGAUCUUUCAAUAUAUUGACCAGACUGGUUUACUGAAGAAGUGACCAUAAAUGGACCAGAAAUAAUAUAAGCUUCAGUGAAGGCAUUAGAAUGAAUGCUUUAAAUUACCUUUCUAUCCCCCUUUUUUUUUUUCCCCCAGCCCCAGUGUUUUUUGUUCGUGUAGUGCAGCUAAGCACCUCUGUGCACUUUUACGGUUCUCAAAUGGUCUCAGUUACAAUAGCAUUCUUGGACAUUGGACAUAGCACAUUUUGAAGUGCUGCUAGGAAAAACAGUUGCAUAACAUUUCAGUGAAUUUCAUCUGAGGUCAGUACUGUGAUCUAAACUGCAAUAGUAUUUAUAAACAGUAUUAGGAAAAAACUGUGAAAGCAUAUAUAUA